AUGGUGCCUUGGAAAAGUUCAAAAUUCCAUCUCCUUAAAAGAGGUGUUACUGCAACAUCUAUCUGGGCUGUCAAAAUCCACACCUUGGUAAAAGAUGGGUCUAACUUUAGAUCAGGAAAUGACAAAGAUAUUAUUGUGUUCAGUAACAGAAAUCCUUACUCGCCACAAGGAGAUGGUUUUCUCAGAGAUUUUUGGGAGCAGGUUUUUGAAUGUUCACUUCCAAAUUCUCUGGGAUUAAUGGAAGAUAAUGAUGAUGAACGCUGUUCUGGGGAAGAGAAGCUGGAAAGCGUUCCUAGCUCUGUUUUCGAAAUGGCAAUGAGUGGGCACAGCUACAGUAUCUACACUGCAGUCCACGCCAUAGCUCACGCAUUGCAUGCAAUGUGUACAUUCAGGACCAAGCACCAAGGAACAUUGGGUAGCACAGGACUUGAAUUACAGAAUCUUCAGCCAUGGCAGCUGCACCUGUUCCUUCAAGGCAUUUUGUUUAACAACUCAGCAGGUGAAAAGGUGUCUUUUGAUGAUCAUGGGGAAUUUGUACCCAGCUUUGACAUAAUGAAUAUGUACAUAUUCCCAAACAAUUCCUUUCUAAAAACAGAAGUUGGAAGAGUGGUUCCACAUGCUCUUGAAGGGGAACAAUUCACCAUUAAUGAGGAUCUCAUAAUGUGGCACAGAAAGUUCAACCAGGUGGUCCCCAUUUCUGUAUGUAGUGAUUCCUGCCCCCCUGGUCAGCAGAAGAAAAAAGAGGAAGGGAAGAAAUUUUGCUGCUUUAGUUGUGAUCUGUGCCCAGAAGGGAAGUUUUCAAACCAAACAAACUUGAAAGAAUGCUUCAAAUGCCCAGAAGAUCAAUAUCCAAACAAGAACAGAGAUAGAUGCAUCCCCAAAGUAAUAACUUAUCUUUCUUAUGAAGACCCUUUGGGAAUCAGUUUGACUUCAGCUGCUCUUUCUUUUUCCCUCAUCACGGCUUUGGUGCUCAAAACUUUUAUAAGGCACAAAGAUACCCCUAUAGUCAUAGCCAACAACAGAGACCUCACCUAUGCUCUCCUCAUUUCCCUCCUACUCUGCUUCCUCUGUUCAUUACUCUUUCUUGGGCAACCCAGGAAGUUGACCUGCCUUCUACGACAAUCUGCUUUUGGCAUCAUCUUCUCUGUGGCUGUAUCAUGUGUGUUGGCCAAAACCAUCACGGUGGUUGUUGCUUUCAUGGCCACCAAACCAGGAUCCAGCAUGAGAAAGUGGGUGGGGAAAAGAUUGGCCAACUCCAUUGUGUUUUCCUGCUCAAUGAUUCAAGCAGGCAUUUGUAUGGUGUGGCUGGCAACCUCUCCCCCAUUCCCAGAUAUGGACAUACACUCACAGACUACAGAGAUUGUCAUGGAAUGCAAUGAAGGGUCUGUCCUCAUGUUUUAUCUUGUCUUAGGCUACUUGGGCCUUCUGGCUAUCAUCAGCUUCACUGUGGCUUUCUUGGCUAGGAAGUUGCCAGACACAUUCAAUGAAGCCAAGUUCAUCACCUUCAGCAUGUUGCUGUUUUGCAGCGUUUGGGUAUCUUUUGUCCCAACCUACCUGAGCACCAAGGGGAAAUACAUGGUAGCUGUGGAGAUUUUCUCCAUCUUAGGCUCUAGUGCUGGUUUACUGUGUUGUAUCUUUCUCCCCAAAUGCUACAUUAUUAUUAUGAGGCCCGAACUGAACAGCAAGGAACAACUAAUAAAAAGAAAGUUUUAG